AUGUCAGAGACGCCCGGCGCCGCCUUCUUGCUGCUGUCCGACGACAUCGUGAUCAACAUCUUCCUGAAGCUGGAGGGCGACCCGCGGGAUUGGGCCCGCCUCGCGUGCGUCUCCACCCGCUUCUCCGCCAUCGUCCGCAACGUCUGCUACCGCUCCAAGUGCUCCCGUUCCAUCCCCUCCGUCGUCUCAAACCUUCUGUCUUCCCACCCUUCUUCCGCAGCCGCUGCCGCCGCCGCUGACACCCCUCCCGGCGGCUGGGCGGCCCUCUACAAACUGUCAGUAUGCUGCCCGGGCCUCCUCCAUGCGGGGAUUUUGCUCGAGAACUCCGAUUUCGGUCUCGAGCGGGAGAUUGGGCCCGACGAGAACUAUCGGCGCGUCCGAGCGCGCACUCUACCUCGCCAAGCUUCGUCUUCUUCAUCCACUGAAUCGACGGCGGCCGCCCCCACCGCCGCUGCUCCAUCGACAGAUUGCAGCUGGUCUCUCUAUGAUGAUCUCUACUUCGACACCAUGUACGUCGCCUCCGAACCUCUGGCCACCUCCAAUGAGAUUAUCUCAGACGCAGAGGAUCCCGAGCCCGCUGCUGGAAUCCUCAGGGAAUUCCCCAAGAAGAAGAAGAAGAAGAAGAAGAAGCAGAAGCAGUGCGAGGUCCCCGUGUGUGCCCACCUGGCCUCUGGUGGCGCCUGGAACCUGAGCAGAGAGCAGGGGCACAAACUCCUGGCUAGCCGUUUCAGGGCGGAUUGCCUUUACAUCUGCAAUUGGCCUGGCUGCGUUCAUCCGGAGGAGAAACGCAAGUAUAUGCUCUUCCGGGGUGUCUUCAAGGACUUCAAACGGUCCUCUGUCUGGAGGUCGAUUACUGAUGGAAAUCGGAACAAGAUCCCCAUUGGCUGCGCCUUCUGCUCCUGCUGUGAGACGUGGGACCUUUACUCUGCCUUCUGCUUGCGGAGGGUUUUUGGGUACCACGAUGAUGGGGAGCCCGAGGUUAGAGCUUAUGUGUGCGAUAACGGCCAUGUCUCUGGAGCAUGGACUGAACGGCCAAUGUACACCUGA